AUAUUUGCUUUAGUUUUACCUAUGUUUGAAUAUAUUUUUGUAAUAAUAUUUACAGAUUUAGAAAAAAGUAAAUAUUUUAAAAUUAUUUAUAUGUUUAUCAUUGAUUUUAUUGAUUUCUUUAUAAUUAUUAUUAAAAAAAUCUGAUAUUUUUAUAUUAAAUAUUUUAUUAUUGAUAUCUUAGUAUUUUAUAUUAAGAAAUUUAUUAUUUUCUUGUUUAACUAUCUUUUUAAAUAUUUAAUUAAGUACUCUCCAUUAUUUAAAUCUUAUUAUUAUUCUUAUAUUAAACCUAUUUAUGUUUACCUUUAUAAUAAACAAAUUGUAAAAAUCAUGAAUCAUCCUUUAGUUUCAUUUUUACAAAAUGAAAAGGUAAAAAAAUAUUAUAUUUUUUUAUUUAAUUGUGAAAAGAUAACUAAAUAUAGUAAAUGAUUUAAAUGUUUAUUUAAUUUAUUAAUUCUUGGUUUAAUUAUAAAAGAUAUUAAUAGUAAUUAUGAAUUCUUAACAUCUCUUGAUAAAUUUAUGGAUAAUAUUUUAUCUCCUAACUUUUAUAUAAUGUUAGCUUAUUCUAGUAUUAAAUACUAUUUUUUUAGUAAAAUAUUAUUAAUUAUUUUUAAUAUAGUAGUUAAUAAUAAUAUUAAAGAAAUACACGAGAAAUAUUUUAAUAAUAUCUUAAAUUAUUAUUAUAUUAUAUUACCAACUUUAUUUAUGUUAACAUUAUUUACUAUAUAUAAUGAUGAUUAUCCUUUAAUCUUAUCAUUAAAAGACUUAAUUUUUUAUCUUGUAGUAAUACAUUUAGGUUUAGGGUUUCUAAUUGAGGCUUUAUAUAAAGAUAUACAAAGCCCUUUAAUAACUUUAUUUACUAUCUUAAUAGCGUUAUUAGGUAUAAUAAUUGCUAUUUUUAAUAUAAAGGAAUGU